AGAAGUUGUAACUGAUUUACUUAAUUCAUUAGAUAGAUGGAAAUAGUAGUACAAAUUGUUUGUAAAUAAUACUUUAUCAUUUUGUAUAAUUCUUGUUUAGUAUUUGGUUAGGAAUUUAUACUAUGCAUAAAUAUGAAAAGAUUGAGAAGAUUGGCGAGGGAACCUAUGGUACAGUUUUCAAAGCAAAAAAUCAAGAGACCUUGGAUAUUGUUGCUUUGAAGCGUGUACGACUAGAUGAUGACGACGAAGGUGUUCCAAGUUCAGCAUUGCGCGAAAUCUGCUUGUUGAAAGAGCUUAAGCACAAAAAUAUUGUGAGAUUACAUGAUGUAUUACACAGUGAACGGAAAAUUACACUUGUAUUUGAAUACUGUGAUCAGGAUUUAAAAAAAUAUUUCGACACAUGCGGUGGUGAAAUUGAUCAAUUAGUUGUCAAAUCAUUCAUGUAUCAACUUCUCAAAGGCUUAUCAUAUUGUCACAGCCACAAUAUUCUUCACCGAGAUCUCAAGCCUCAGAAUUUAUUGAUAAACAAAAAUGGAGAACUCAAACUCGCUGAUUUUGGGCUUGCCAGGGCAUUCGGUAUUCCUGUUCGAUGUUAUUCAGCGGAAGUUGUUACAUUGUGGUACAGACCACCCGAUGUUUUGUUUGGAGCAAAGUUAUAUUCAACAUCUAUUGAUACAUGGAGUGCGGGAUGUAUUUUUGCAGAAUUGUCAAAUGCAGGAGUUCCACUUUUCCCUGGUAAUGAUGUCGAUGACCAGUUAAAAAGAAUCUUCAAAUUAUUGGGUACGCCUACAGAGCACACAUGGCCAGGUAUUACCAAACUUCCUGACUACAAACCCUUUCCCUUAUAUCCAGCAAACCCGCUUUGGUAUCAUGUAGUUCCUAAACUGUCAGCUGAAGGACGUGACUUGCUUCGCAAAUUGGUUGUUGUGAUUCCUAAUCACAGGAUGCUAGCUGAUGAGGCCUUGCGGCAUGAAUACUUCUAUGGUUUCACCCCUCCAUAGUGACAGUAAGUAAUGGCCGAAACAUUAGAAUCAGAAUUUUGUGUCUAUUAAACACUCGACAUUCCAAAUGCUGUUAUUCAGUUUACUGGUUAUAAAGUGAGCCUCUACAUUGUAGAGAAAAAUUUGUAAUUGUGGGAGUUUUCACACACACACAUUCAUUAAACAAAACUGAGAUUAGUAGUUCACAAACCUCAAGCUCACUGACUAUCAUGUCUAACCCUCUGAAAUUUAGUUGAUAUUUAUGCUAGACAUAGCUUUUAGGAAAAUAAUGAAUUAAGAUCUACCAAGAACCCAGUCACACAUUUUCUUACAACAAUUUCUGCUGGGGCUUAAAUGAGAGAGACAAAUAUGUGAAAAUAAAUUGUGUUCAGAAUUUUUGUAAUAUUAACCCUGUUAGAGAGGCAUGGCCACUUUUUGGUAGUGGGCUACCAGGAUUUAGAAAGAGCUUGGACCUUCAAACCGUCGUAAAUAGCCAUUAAUAAACUAUUGAUAUUUGAAGGAUUGUAAAUUUAUUUAUAUUUCUUUUACACUCAAUUUUCUACACAACUUCAUGUGCAAUAGAAGAGUUGAUAUUUCCCCCAAUUCAGUCUCAAUUUGAAUCAUUCAAUUGCUUUGUUGAACCUGUUUGUAUGUCAUAAUCUUACUCAGAAUAUAUUCUUUGUGGAAAAUAAAAACAGUGUAUUCGAGAUACAAUUGAUUAUAAAGACAUUCUUUAGUGUUCUUUCAAAAUAAAUCGAAAAUUGGACAUUGA